GAACCAAUCUUGCCUCAACUUUUCUGCAUUAGGCAUUAUAUUUUAUUAAUCUCUUAUUGAUCCGAUCGUGGCUCUUCCAUCACAUUUUUUCGAAUGACGCACUAAGUGGGAUCCUGCCUGACCCGCGUCCCGCCGGGCUCGGGGCCUGCGCUACGUCGCCCCCUGCCGCCCAUUGUGACGCCGGCCGCGGGCCGGGUCCCCGAGGCGGGAGGCGACGGGGCAGAGCCCGGAGAGCCAUGGCCGAGACGCAGGAGCUGCUGCUGCAGCUGCAGAAGGACAACCGCGACGGACGCCUGCGGAAGCAGGAGCUGGAGGAGCUGGUGCGCGGGCUCGAGGCAGAAAGCGAGAGCCUCACCGGGCGCCUGCAGGAGCUGCGCGAGUGCGAGCGCAGCCUGCAGCGGAGGCGAAGCCAGGCGGCGCGGGCCCUGCGAGGGGAGGCACAAGAAGGGGCACGGGAGCGCGCGGAGCGGGCGCGCGGACUGCUGGAGGCUGCGGAGCUGCGCAAGCAGGACCUGGAGCAACACAACCGGCAGCUGCAGGAGCAGUGGGAGGAGCUGUCAAGUCAGCUCUUCUAUUACGGAGGGGAACAACUGAGUCAGCAGCGCGCAGAGCAGCAACUCGGGGCCCAACUGGUGGAGCUGCAGAAACAGCUGGAGCUGAUGGAGGCCAAGUACGCGGUGCAGGCGGAGGGCCUGCGGCAGGGCGCGCAGCGGACGGAGGAGGCCUGGGCCAGCUUCCAGGAGCAGAGCGGAGUCCUGCAGGAGCUGCAGGGGAAGGUGAUGGAGGCGGCGGCUGCGCUGGACGCCUCGCGCGGCGGCCCGGAACUGGGCGACUCGCAGCCUCGCCGGGCGCGGGACUGCGCGGGCUCCCUCAUGGAGGAGGUGGCCGAGGCCGACUGUGAGCAGCGGCUGCUGGGCCGCGCGGGCGCGGCGGGCUUGAGGCUGUGGGCGCUGGGCGCGCUGCAGACGCUGCUGUUGCUCGCGCUCGGCUUCCUGAUGCUGCCGCUGCUCUACCUGGCGCUGGUGAACCCCGCCGCCUUCCGCCGGGGGCUCCCGCGCCUCGGCUCGGACGCCGCCUUCCGCCGCCUGCGCUACACGCUGUGCCCGCUGUUCGAGCUGCGCGCGCGCGGGCUGCUGCCCGCCUAGGGAGCAUCACGCCGGCCGCGGCCGCCUGCACCUCGGUCUCCGGUGUGGUUUCUGGGCGCCUGGGGGGAGGCGGAGGAGAGAGGAGACGCCCGGGGGCGGGGACCCUGGCACCUCCGGCU